UACACACAACCCAAAACUUCUACUCCAUUAGCCAAGAGCUUGUCUAGGGAUUUUCAGAUAUAAAACAAUGAAGCUGAACACCAGAAUUCCACCAGAAUCAACGGCAAAAUGGGUGAGGAAAUUAGCAACAAGCAAGUGAUACUCAGCAACUAUGUCAAAACAUCUGUGAAAGAAUCCGAUUUGUCGCUGAGAACUUCCAAAAUUCAGCUCAAAAUUCCCAGCGGUUGCGACGGCGCCGUUUUGGUGAAGAAUCUCUACUUAUCCAUCGAUCCUUUUAUUCUUGUCCUCAUGAAGAAUCAGGAGCUCGAUUUACCUUCUUUCACGCUGGAUUCUCCUAUUUAUGGAUUUGGAGUGUCAAAAGUACUGGAUUCGUCUCAUCCAAAUUUCAAGACGGGCGAGCUAGUUUGGGGGUUUACUGGCUGGGAGGAGUAUAACCUUAUUAAAGAUCCAGACCAAUUGUUUAAGGUUCAAGAUAAAGAUUUGCCCCUUUCUUAUUUUAUAGGGAUUCUUGGCAUGCCUGGCAUGACAGCUUAUGUUGGUUUUUUCAAGUUUUGCUCUCCAAAAAAGGGGGAAACUGUGUAUGUCUCUGCUGCAUCCGGAGCUGUUGGUCAGCUCGUUGGUCAGUUUGCAAAGAUCGCAGGGUGUUACGUUGUUGGGAGUGCGGGGAGCAAAGAAAAGGUCGAUCUCUUGAAGAUCAAAUUCAGGUUUGACGAAGCAUUCAACUAAAAAGAAGAGCAAGACUAUAAUGCAGCGUUGAAGAGGUACUUCCCCGAUGGCAUCGACAUCUACUUUGACAACGUGGGAGGGAAGAUGCUCGAAGCGGUGCUAAACAGCAUGAGACUCAACGGCCGUGUUGCGCUUUGUGGGAUGAUCUCCCAAUACAACAGCCUUGAGCAGCCCGAAGGCGUCCACAACUUGAUUAACGCAUUAGUAAAACAGGUCCAUAUGGAAGGAUUUUUCACUAGCGACCACUACCAUCUCUACCCCAAGUUCCUGGAGAUGGUUGUGCCUCUAAUCAAGGAAGAGAAGAUCACAUACGUCGAAGACAUAGCCGAAGGCAUUGAAAGCGCGCCUGGGGCUCUCUUUGGCUUAUACUCCGGUCGCAACGUAGGGAAGCUGUUGGUGGUGGUUCGUGAGUAAUUCUGUUUUUACCAUCGGAAACAAGGAAGGACUUAAAUAAGGUUAUAAUCAUGAAUUAUAAAUAUAUGAUCAUGAAUUUGAUGUAUUGUUAUUAAUUUAAACAGGUAGCACCUCCAAUCCUCCAUUUCUUAUUUAUCUCUUCCCUUCACUA